ACUUAUUUUCCUUUUUUCUUGCCUCAUUUCCUGCAGGAGUGCCAUAAACCCACAAUACUUAAAAAAUUCCGUUAAACCCUAGUUGAUACCCACCUCCCACACAAGCUGUUAAAAUCUAAGCUUCCUCAACCGUAUCUCAGAUUAAUUUGAGGGUGAACGUCUUCGUAAUUCCACUAUAUCCUUAUCUGUAAUGGAUAUUGAUGACAAGGCUGCAAGGCGUAUACAGGUCCGGUUCGUGACGAAGUUGAAAGCCCCCUUUAAUGCCCCACCUAAUUCCAUUGCUGUUCCCUCUAACCUCACCAGAUUAGGCCUCUCUUCCAUUCUCAACAACCUCCUUAAAGCCGGAAAGGAUGAGUGGAAUCCUGAGCCUUUUGAUUUUCUCAUUGAUGGAGAACUGGUCCGCAUGUCACUUGAAGAGUUUCUCCUUGCCAAGGGCAUUUCAGCUGAGAAAAUAUUAGAGAUUGAGUACAUUAGAGCUGUGGCUCCAAGAAAACAAGAAGAGCCAUCUUUGCAUGACGAUUGGGUCAGUGCAGUUGAUGGUUCUAAUUCUAAGUUUGUUUUGACUGGAUGUUAUGAUGGUUUUGGAAGAAUAUGGAAGGCUGCCGGAUCUUGUACACAUCUAUUGGAGGGCCAUACUGGUGCAAUUACUUCUGUUUGUGUUGUCAAACCAAGAGUGCCUCAAAGUGGUGCUGAUCAAAUAGUAGCCACGGCUUCCAAGGAUAGGACACUGCGGCUCUGGAAGUUUGAUGCAGAUGAGUCUUUGGAUCAGAUAAAGAGGAUUAGAGCCUUUAAGAUUUUACAUGGACAUACUGCUUCUGUCCAAAGUGUUGCAGCAAAUCCUGCUGGAGAUACGGUUUGUUCAGGGUCCUGGGAUUGCCAAAUAGCUUUGUGGCAAGCAAGUGGCUCAGAUACAGGUGAUGUAGUUUCAGUCAAAAAAAGGAAGAAGGAUGCCCAAGAGGAAGAUCUUCAAUUAGAAGAGGCGGCUAAAUCUACACUUGUAGGACAUACACAAUGUGUCUCUUCCGUGGUGUGGCCACAAGAUGAAACAAUUUAUUCAGCAUCGUGGGAUCACUCUAUUAGAAGAUGGGAUGUUGAGAUGGGCAAGGAUUCAUUGAACCUGUACUGCGACAAAGUCAUUAAUUGCCUUGGUGUUGGAGGUGAAGGUUCUGCCCUCAUUGCUGCUGGUGGUUCUGAUCCCAUUCUUAGGAUAUGGGAUCCUCGCAAACCAGGUACUUCGGCGCCUGUCUAUCAGUUCUCAUCACACGGUUCUUGGAUAUCCGCCUGCAAGUGGCAUGAAAAGUCAUGGUUUCACUUGGUUUCUGCAUCGUAUGAUGGGAAAGUAAUGUUAUGGGACUUGAGAACUGCGUGGCCCCUUGCUGUCAUUGAUACUCACAAGGACAAGGUAUUAUGUGCGGAUUGGUGGAAAGGAGAAAGUGUAAUCAGUGGUGGGGCUGACUCGAAGCUUUGCAUAUCUUCCGAUGUUUGUGUGUUGUGAUUAGAGAACUUUUGUUCUGUCAGGACAGAUCUCCCCUGUUGCCGAUGAGAUUGUGCUUCAAAUGAUGAUGCAGUUUUGCCUAUGGAAUCGGUUGGGUCAAGCUGAAGUUGUAAUAAUCUACUUCAGAUUCAAUUUUGUCUAUGCUAAACUGGAAACGGUUUGUAUUAUAUAAUCAUGUGAGGCUAAGUGAAUUGAAGCUGUAAUUUUCGCAUGUUAUUUCAGCAACUAUUAAUACCAAUUUAUGUAGAAGUGACCAUGAUCACCAAAACCUUAUUUGA